AGUUGCUAGGCAGCAGUCCGGGGUUACUUUGGCUUAGGGUUGACUGCCCAACUCUGGGCAGAAGAAAGCAGCCUCUGGCGUCCUGGCUCUUCUGGGAACGGGUGGCGGGUGUGGACAACCCUGACGUGAAAGCGGGAAGGUGACUUGGACGACUAAAAAUUGAUGGUGAAGAUUAACAUUUGAAUUAUUUCAAGAUGAGCUUCCUGUUGCCCAAGCUGACCUGCAAAAAGGAAGUAGACCAGGUGAUAAAAAGUACUGCUGAGAAGGUGUUGGUGCUCAGGUUUGGGAGAGAUGAAGCUCCUGUCUGCCUGCAGCUACAUGAUAUUCUUUCUAAGACCUCUUCUGACCUAAGUAAAAUGGCUGCUAUAUACCUGGUAGAUGUGGACCAAAGUCCCGUUUAUACACAAUAUUUUGACAUCAGUUAUAUUCCAUCUACCGUCUUUUUCUUCAAUGGGCAGCAUACGAAAGUGGACUAUGGGUCUCCAGAUCACACUAAGUUUGUGGGAAGUUUCAAAACAAAACAAGACUUCAUAGAUUUGAUUGAAGUAAUCUAUCAAGGAGCAAUGAGAAGAAAACUUAUUGUCCAAAGUCCUAUUGAUCCCAAGAAUAUUCCCAAAUAUGACCUUCUCUAUCAAGACAUUUAA